GAGAGGGAAUCCCAGGGAAGGGGUUAGAAAUAUCGCGUUGCUGCUGUCGCCCCGUCCAGUCACCGGGUUCAUAGGAAGUGAAGGUUGAGGAGCGACGGAUUGAUGAAUGAAUCGGAUAAGAGUUUCAACUUUAUGUGCUUUUGUGGAAGAGGGACGACAGGAAGGACGGCGCUCUCCUCUCCCCCGGUGAUGUGUACGGGACCAGACAGGUUCCUCCGCGGCGAAUCAGCGGCAAUGUCAGUCCGACCGAGGGGCUCAAGGAUGAAGCGCGUCUCCGACCACCGCUGCUCAACUACGGUGCAGUAGUGUGUAAAAUCACCGCCUGCUUGUUUUCGCCCCGCGCUGAGCUCUGAACACGUUGUCCUUUGUGGCCAAAUGUGGGAAGGAGCUCACGUUUCUUCGGGAGAUUCCUGUGGAACAACAGAAGUUGGUUUCGGCGGAUCCUACAUGUGCAUUGUGUUUGCAGUGACUGCUCGGGCCUCUUGACAGCAUCAAAGCGCACAAACCUCUGGCAAAAUGUCAAGGAUGCUCCGGGAGGGAGCGCAGACCGCAGAGACAGCAGCAUGACUGGCAACCCUGAGACACAGGUCAGAAGUGGAGCUGAGAGAGAAGCGCUGCUGCUGCUGUUUCAGAGACAUUUUUAACCACACAGAAUGGGACUGCUUGACAUUUGUGUGUUUUUCUGGGCUUCUUCGACGUGACACUGUGUGCGCCUUUUUGGCUCCUGUGCGCCAGGACGCUGUUUCUGCUGCUGCUGUGCAGGUCGGGUGUGAACUGGAGCCCCGGUGGAUGCCGCAGCCCUGCCGGGUCAUAAUCACUGAACAGUGAGGGGGGUCAAGAGAUUGUUUUGGUGAGGGGAAACCCCCGCUUCUUCAUUGCACCAUGGAUGACUCGGGGAUAAUCCGGCGCCGGAGGCUGCAGAAGGAUUUGCCACUGCCUCGCAAGAGCAGCAGCUGCCGAACAAGCAACAGGAAAAGUCUGAUCCUGACCACCACCUCCCCCACGCUGCCUCGCCCACACUCCCCUCUUCCUCUCCCUGGACACCUCGGAAGCAGCCCCCUGGACAGCCCACGAAACUUCUCUCCCAGCAACCCUGCACACUUCUCCUUCGCCUCCUCCAGAAGAGCGGACGGACGACGAUGGUCUUUAGCUUCUCUGCCCUCCUCUGGAUAUGGCACCAACACUCCCAGCUCAACGUCCUCCAGCUCCUCUCAGGAGCGACUGCACCAGCUGCCCUUCCAGCCCACCAUGGACGAGCUCCACUUCUUAUCCAAGCACUUUGGCAGCACCGAGAGCAUCACGGAUGAUGAUGGGGGCCGCUGCUCUCCCCACAUGCGCCCGCGCUCCCGCAGCCUCAGCCCAGGACGUUCCUCCUCCUGCUAUGAUAAUGAGAUAGUCAUGAUGAACCAUGUGUACAAAGAGCGCUUUCCAAAGGCCACGGCACAGAUGGAGGGGAGGCUGGCCGAGUUCAUCCAGGCUUUCUCUCCUGAAAAUGUUCUUCCACUGGCCGAUGGAGUCCUCAGCUUCAUUCACCACCAGAUCACUGAGCUGUCCAGAGACUGCCUGGCCAAGUCCCGAGAGGGCCUCAUCACGUCUGUUUACUUCUUUGAGCUGCAGGAGAACCUGGAGAAGCUCCUUCAGGAUGCCUUCGAGCGCUCAGAAAGCUCCGAGGUAGCCUUCGUCACAGAGUUGGCGAAGAAGCUUCUCAUCAUCAUCUCCCGACCUGCCAGGCUUCUGGAGUGUCUGGAGUUUAACCCCGAGGAGUUCUACCAUCUGCUGGAGGCCGCGGAGGAUCACGCCAAGGAGGGUCACCUGAUGAAAACGGACAUUCCUCGUUACAUCAUCAGCCAGCUGGGGCUGACUAGAGACCCUAUUGAAGAGAUGGUAAACCUCGACAGUUACGACAGUGAGGGACCGCUGACACCUGAAACAGAUGACUCAGCAGAGGGUAAGAUUAAAGCAAUGAAACCACCAGGAGAAGCAGACUUCCAGACCAUCAAGCUGAUCAGUAACGGAGCGUACGGCGCUGUGUACCUGGUGCGUCAUCUGGAGACACGCCAGCGAUUUGCUAUGAAGAAGAUCAAUAAGCAGAACCUGAUCCUGAGGAACCAGAUCCAGCAGGCCUUUGUGGAGAGAGACAUCCUCACCUUCGCAGAGAAUCCCUUUGUCGUCUCCAUGUUCUGCUCCUUCGAAACCCGUCGGCACCUCUGCAUGGUCAUGGAGUAUGUAGAAGGUGGAGACUGUGCUACUCUGCUGAAGAACAUUGGGGCUCUGCCUGUGGAAAUGGCACGCAUGUACUUUGCAGAGACCGUCCUUGCACUGGAGUACUUACACAACUAUGGCAUCGUACACCGUGACCUCAAGCCUGACAACCUCCUGAUUACCUCGAUGGGCCACAUCAAGCUCACAGACUUCGGUCUUUCUAAGAUGGGUCUGAUGAGUCUGACCACCAACUUGUAUGAAGGACACAUAGAGAAGGACACUCGGGAGUUCCUGGAUAAACAGGUGUGUGGAACUCCCGAGUACAUUGCUCCGGAGGUUAUUCUUCGCCAAGGCUAUGGGAAGCCGGUGGACUGGUGGGCUAUGGGCAUCAUCCUGUAUGAGUUCCUGGUGGGCUGUGUGCCUUUCUUUGGAGACACUCCAGAGGAGCUGUUCGGACAGGUCAUCACAGAUGACAUAGUGUGGCCUGAAGGGGAAGAGGCUCUUCCUGUCGAUGCCCAGAACCUGAUCUCCUCCCUUCUGCAGACAAAUCCACUGGUUCGACUGGGAACAGUAGGUGGUGCGUUUGAAGUGAGGCAGCACUCGUUCUUCACAGAGGUGAAUUGGAACAGCCUGCUGAGACAGAAGGCAGAGUUCAUUCCUCACCUGGAGUCUGAGGAAGACACCAGUUAUUUUGACACCCGAUCUGAGCGCUACCAUCAUGUGCAUUCAUACGAUGAGGACGACACCAACGAUGACGAGCCCGUGGAGAUACAUCGCUUCUCAUCCUGCUCCCCUCGCUUCAGCAAGGUGUACAGCAGUAUGGAGCAGCUGUCCCAGCUGGAGCAUAAAGUCCCUGGCGUGACUCUACGGGAGCACAAGGUCCCCAGGGAGGAUCGAGUGGCCAAGAGAGAAAGUCUGGGGAGCCUCACCCUCAGGGACAAGAGCUGGAGGACUGGAUCGCCUGAGAUGAAGCGCUUAUCCUGCUCUGAGUCCUCCUUUAUGGAGAGCGACUCCAGCCCACCGUCUGGAGCCCGAAGACGCUUCUCCGCCCUCAUGGACACACACCGCCUGGCCUCCCCCCUGGAGGUUGACUCUGAGCUGCCUGUCCCCAGCAGGCAGCCUGCAGUGAAGGCCAGAGGGACGUCCCUGGAGGGAGCCAUGGCUGCCAUCGCCUCUCAAGGGGAUCUGAAAACACUCCUUAAAGACAGCAACGGGGUCGCAACUGGAGACAAGCUGUUGAGACCUGCUGAUGCAUCGUUGCCUCUACCAGGCACUGCUUCUGUUCUGGGGCUUCCAGACCCACAGGGUCCCCGCGGGGCCACCACUGACCUGGUGCUGCGGAGGGUUCGCCACCAGCAGCUCUCAGCUGAAGGAGAGAAACGCAGCUCACGGCCAGGAUCCAAAGUUAUUAAAUCUGCUUCUGCUACUGCUCUGUCUGUCAUCAUUCCUGCAGUGGAGCAACACGUUGCCUCCCCGCUGGCGAGCCCCAUGUCUCCUCGCUCCCUCUCGUCCAAUCCUUCGUCGCGUGACUCUUCUCCCAGCAGAGACUACUCUCCCAUGGUCAACGUCCUGCAUUCUCCAAUCACCAUCCACCGCUCGGGGAAGAAGUACGGCUUCACUCUGCGAGCCAUCAGAGUCUACAUGGGGGACAGUGAUGUUUACAGUGUACAUCACAUGGUCUGGCAUGUGGAGGAAGGCGGUCCCGCCCAGGAAGCUGGACUUAACGCUGGUGACCUCAUCACUCACGUAAACGGGGAGUCAGUCCACGGUCUGGUUCAUACAGAGGUGGUGGAGCUCAUCCUGAAGAGUGGAAACAAGGUGACAGUUACAACAACUCCAUUUGAGAACACCUCUAUAAAAGUGGGUCCUGCCCGCAAGUCCAGCUAUAAAUCCAAGAUGGCACGACGCAGCAAGAGAGCCGGAGCCAAGGAGGGACAAGAGAAGAAGCGCAGCUCCCUGUUCAGGAAAAUCACCAAGCAGUCCAACCUGCUCCACACCAGCCGGAGCCUCUCCUCUUUAAAUCGCUCUCUUUCAUCUGGUGACAGUCUCCCAGGCUCCCCCACCCACAGCCUCUCCGCCCGCUCACCCACUCAGAGUUACCGCUCCGCUCUGACUGAAUCCACCUACCUGGGCACCUCCUCCCAGAGCAGCUCUCCAGCAUCCAGCACUCCCAACUCCCCCGCAGCCUCUCACCACAUGAGGCCCAGCUCCCUGCACGGCCUGUCCCCCAAACUCCACCGCCAGUACCGCUCUGCACGCUGCAAAUCUGCCGGCAACAUCCCUCUGUCUCCCCUGGCUCACACCCCCUCCCCCACCACCUCCUCUCCCCCGCCUCUCUCCGGCCACACAGUCGGAAGCUCCAACACCACACAGAUGUUUCCCGCCAAGCUGCACUCCUCGCCUCCUGUCGCCCGCCCUCGUCCCAAAAGUGCAGAGCCGCCCAGGUCCCCCCUGCUGCAGCGGGUGCAGUCGGCAGAAAAGCUAGGGGCUCCGAUGCUGCCUUCCUCGUCUUCAUCAUCAUCGUCACCCUCUCCUCUGACAGGCGGGGUGUCGUUACGCAAGCAUAGCCUGGAGGUGUCGCACGGGGACUACAGGAGAGAGUCCUUCCACUGUGAGCACAGCCUGCAAAGUCUGCUGGAGAUGGAAGGAGAGAAUGGACCUGCUCCCCCGUCUCCUUCAUCAUCCUCCUCCCCCUCUCCCCCCAUGGGAGGGGAGAUUGGAGGUUUGAAGCCAGUACGGAAGCUGGGGAGGCAGGAGUCACCACUGAGCCGCGACACUCUGCUCACAUCAAGAGAGAAGGAUACCCAGACCACAGCGUCUGAGCUCAGCGGGUCGCAAACCCAGAGCCUCGUUACUAAAGCUGAGUCCAAGAGCGAUGUUGUUGAUAAGGCUUUAACCUCUGCUGAGGUUCUGAAGAAUAACGUGAGUCCAGCUCUGGUUUCAUCCAGUACAGAGGCCAAGCCCUGCCCAGGAGACAAACCUCAGAAAGUAAGUACUUCAGCUUCUGAGGCGACUGUCUCCAAGAGUAAACUCAGUGAGAAAAUGUCAUCAAAGAGCCCGCAACAACAAGACGGUAAGCAGCAGGGUGCACAGACAGACAGCGCACCUGCAACUAAAGCUCAGGAGAAGAUUGAGGAGAAGGUGAAAGGCACUGCAGCGACAGAGAAAGGAAGCGUACAGAAAGUAUCUGCAGAGUCAAAGCCACGUAAAGGCGCAGAGACCGCAGAGAAAGGAGGCGUAGAUAAAGCAACUGAGACGACCAAAGUCAAAGGACCGGCGCCCCCGGUUCCCACCCAGGCUCAAACCCACUCUGCAGCUCAUGCGCCCGCACCCACUGCUGCCAGAUCCAAAAUCGAGAAAGUAUCGCACAGUUACCGCGGGGUCAAGGAAGAGAGGGCGCACCUGGAGGUCCUGGAAGAGAACCCCAUAUCACCCUCCUCUAACGCAGCCUCGCCCUGCUCGAGCAAGUCUCGCCCGAUGUCUCCGGGGGAUAAAGCCAGCUUCGUCACCCAGCUCACGAGCGUGGCCAAAACAGUGCUCGGGCCAAUGAAGGUGGGGUCACAAGAGGCCGCCAAGGGUAAAGACACCUCCAAGUCAGGUGAGGAGAGGCGAGGAAACACAGCAGGAAAACCAGAGGCUUCGUCCGGUGGCGGCCGACGGGGCGCUCCAACUGCAGCGGCUGGCACAGUCCACUCUGAUAAAGGGAACAGUCGCAGCUCCAAGCAUCACUCGUGAUGAGAAUGAGUCAGACUCUCCCAUGUAAUGCCUUUUACUGUAGCAUCACACUGACAUAUCAUGAAUUAACAUGACUGUGAACGGAGGGGAGAUGUAAAUGCCUGAAGAAAUAACACCAAAUAGAUGACAACGUGACAUGUAGACACGCGAGAUGUGAACAUCCACCAUGUUGGAAUAUGUGCACACAUGGUAUCAUAAUGUAGGCCCGUGUAUGUACUGUAUGUUCAAUGUGUUGUAUAUAGGAGAAAAAAAUGCAUAUGUCUUAAUGCAUGUCCGACACUGUACAUGGAAAAUGAAAGAAUAUUUAAAAAGAUGAGAAAUAUAAAGCAGACCUUAAGGUGGUGAACACUGUGAACAACUUUUCAACAGGCAAACUGUGUGUAAACAAGCAGGUUUCUGUUAUGAAUGGGCAUUACUUGCAUUUCAGAUCAGCUCCAGUGCCAUCGUUCAGUUCACUUCAAAUUGUACUUCCUGUGUUUUGGUUACUAAAAGAGUUCAGGCUCGUAAAAAGUCGUCAAGAAUACAAACAUACUGAAAACUGGACCAAGAGCCCAGUCGACAGAAUAAAUGCUGGCACUGUACGUUUCUGCAAGUCAUUAUGUAGUGGAACUUUCAUUUCAACAACGUUUUGGCUAAUGUUUGUUCAGAUUUAGGCACAAAAACCACUUGAUUAUGUUUAGAUAAUGGCUAAAAAUAGCUUUGGUGGCACAAUCCCAGCUGCACACGUGAUGUCUUGUUAAAAAAACACCUUGUCAUGCCACAAUCCCUGCAGGAAGCACACCGACACGUUGUUACAAAACACCCAUGUUUGGAGCCCAUUAAGUUUAAAGCCUAAAAAGCCAAAUAAAACACAGUGACAGGUUGCUACAAAACACCCUCGUUUGGAGUGUUAAAAGCUGAUGGGAACACACCGACAGUUAGCUACAAAUCGCCCAUGUUUAAAGCCUUAUACGUUUGGAGCUUAAAAAGCUAAUGGAAACACACUGACAGGUAAUUUCAAAACACCCUUGUAUUUCUUGCCUAAAAAGCCAAAGGAAACACUCUGACCGGUUGCUACAAAUCACCAACAUUUGGAGCCUUAAAAGCCAAUUGAAACACAGCAACAGGUCACUACAAAACACCCAUGUUUGGCGCCAAAAAAACGGAUUGAAACACAUUGACAGGUCGCUACAAGCACCCACAUUUACGUUUGCAGCCUAAAAGCCAAUUGAAACACAGCAACAGUCAUAAAAACCAACAGAACACAGCGACAGGUUGCUACAAAACACCCAUGUUUGGAGCCUAAAAAGCUGAUGGAAACACAGCGAGAGGUUGCUACCAAACACUCAAACAUUUGGAGCUUAAAGAACCAAUGGAAACACAGCGAGAGGUUGCUACCAAACACUCAAACAUUUGGAGCUUAAAGAACCAAUGGAAACACAGCAAGAGGUUGCUACCAAACAUCUCCUUAUAGAGCCUAAAAAGCCAAUUGAAACACAGUAACAGGUCGCUACAAAACACCCUCGUUUGGAGCCUAAAAGCCGAUGGAAACAGACUGAUAGGUAGCUACAAAACACUCAUGUUUAGAGCCUGAAAAGCCAAUUGAAACACAGAUGUAGGUCCCUACUAAACACCCUUGUUUGGACCCUAAAAAGCUAAAUGAAAGACAUUGACAAGUUGCUACAAAACACACAAACAUUUGGUGACUGCAAAGCUGAUGGACUCACACUGACAGUAGCUACAAAACACAGUUUGGAGCCUAAUACACCGCUGGAAACACAGUAUUGACUUGCUAAAACUUGUUGUUUGUUGGUCUUGUGGAGUGGUCUGCAGCUUGGCAGGCACAUCACCGAGGUGUCAUGCCAUCCACCAAUUCAUGUUGAUAUACAUAUGAAACCUAUAAAUAUAUUGGUAGUUUGCAGAAACAUACAGUGCCAACAUUUCCUUCUGGUGACCGGGCUGCCAAGAGACCAAAAUGCUUGCACUGAUGGAAUUCGGUGAAUCAGCUGACGUGCUUCAGAUCUGUUAAAGGGCUGAAUCUGAGUGGAAUAGAAAGAGGUAGAUUAGACGAACAUGCACAGGGACACUAUGCAAUGUGCUAAUAAUGCCACUUUUCUUUUGUCUGUUUGUUUUUGGUGUCCCCAGUUACUGAGUUUACAUUGUGCUCCAGGCAGGAAGAGAAGACGGAGGAAAGCGUUGCAAUAAGCCGAGCAAACACAUUUUGUUUUAAAUGUCGUCUCCACUGAUCGUAGUGAAAUGUGCAAUUGUAUAGUUAAGGCUGUUAAGUGAAAACUUCACCUGCAGAAUCACCAUGUGUUGAUCAGUUACUCUCCUUGUGCUACCUUGACUUCGUGAAGAAAACCUCUGCCUAUGAGCUUAAGCAGAGUUCAAACACAUGCAUGAGACUGAACUGACGUGUUUUAAAUAGUGAGGUUUGCACGUGUUGCACGUGUUUGGGAAACGCUGAGGAUGUGACCGGAUAAAUGAGACUCGGAUUGUACUGCAUGAGUUCGAUGAAAGAAACAGAUGGUUUGAUUUAGUUUUGCUGUUGUUAAACAGGGUCUGUGUUCACUUCAGUUCAUGCAAGAAAAAGAAAGUUUUCUUCAGGAAUUCAAGGUUAUCAUGCAGUGUUGGUUUUGUCUGCAAUUUUUCAUUUUUAAGUAAUUCAAGCCAUGACUAAAUUAAAAUUAGCUAAAUUAAAUCGGGCAGCGAGGUGGCGUAAUGGUUAGCACGAGGGUUCCUGGUUUGAACCCAGGGUGGGGGAGCCCUUCUGUGCAGAGUUUGCAUGUUCUCCCCAUGUC